AGCCGGUAGUAGCGGCAGUUGCGUCUCGAACAGCGCGCGUGUUGUUCCGUUUCGUUCUGUGUGUGUAGCAUCACGCGACGGCCACCCGAGGCUUUUACGUGCCGCGACGAACCUCGUUUCUUUUUUUUCUUUUGUGCCAGUCCGCGAAUUGCACCGUGCCGCGCCACGAGUUGCGCCGCGAAUUACACCGUGAAUUGCACCGCGAACCGCGCGACGCCGCGAGCCCCGCGGAUCGCACCCACGCGGUGUCACGACGGAAAUCGUAAUAACGUGAGACGUCCUAGAAACGGGACAGUGGAUUCGGUGGUGUUUUAGUGUUACGUUCGUUCUGUGUUAACGUUCGUUCAGUUCGCCAAGACCAGCGCUUCCUGUCGCGUAGGUUUUACCAAGGAGUUAUUUACUCUCUCGCUGGACCAUUGGGGAUUUUGUCUGUGUCUCAACCACCCUCGGCCGAGAGAUCAUUGUUGAUAUUUCGAUCGAGCACGCACCGCACCGAUCCAGUCCUACUGUCUUUGGUAUGACGAUCGGAGCGGCGAUGAGGAUUGAAAGCUACCGCUGAUUUAUAAGAUACCCUGCAGGGCCACUCGCUUCCAAAAUGAGCACAUCGCUGCGAAUUUUGGCGCUAAUCAGCUUAGCCGCGCAAAACGUGGCUUGGCCGCAAGAUCCCGUUCCUAGGCUGCACGUCAAACAUCAGUACUCUAUUGAAAGCGAGGUGAUUGGCCAGCGGUUUCUGGGAAACGAGAGCCACGUGGAGCACUUCAAGCUCCUGGAGCGCGCGACCACUUCCAUCCUGAUUGGCGCCAGGAACGCCAUUUACAACAUAAGUCUGCACGACCUAACGGAGAUCGUCGACCAGAGGUUGCAGUGGUCCAGCAGUGGGGCGCAUCGUGAACUUUGUUACUUGAAGGGACGCAGCGAGGACGAGUGUCAGAAUUACGUGCGCGUAUUCGGUAGACAAGGGCCUGAUCGAUUUCUCGUUUGUGGAACGAACGCGUACAAGCCGCUGUGCAGGCAGUUCACCAUCAAGGAUGGCACAUACGUUAAAGACAGCGAUAUGGAUGGGUUGGGUCUGUGCCCUUACGAUCCACGGCACAACAGCACCGCAGUAUUCGCUGGUGAGUUAUCUUAA